UUCAAUUAAAAGUAAGGAACAUGAACGAGAUAAGGCAUCCAGAUCAUUUAAAAAGUUGCAGGAUAUGCCUUGAAAAGUUUACACAAAAUGAAAAGCAGAUUCUUAUUACAAAUAUCCUAAAAAAACAGUUUCUCGAGUUCACAAAUAUUGAACUUAAAUUAUCUGAUGAAUACUCAAUCAGGAUAUGUCUGAAAUGUAAAUUAAAUCUCCAAAGCUUCUCUACACUGCGCCAAGAGUUUGUACAAAAACAACAGGAUUUAACAGAAUUUGUUGAGAGUAAGCAGCAUAAAUCCGCAGAGAAGCUUGAUAUGCCAGAAGUAAAAGUAAAGAUUGAACCAUUGGAAACAGCAAUACUUGAUACAGUACUGAGUGAUUAUGAGGAAAAUUGUUAUGACGACGAAGAUGAUGGAAUCGAUGGAAAUGUAAAGGAAGAAAGCUUGAAAAGUGACGACGACUUACCAUUAUCAAAGUACAGCAAAAGCAAAAGGACACAAGAACUAAAUGAAGAUGGUGUUGCAGCAAUUCCCUUCGAAUUUAGAUUAUCAAAAAAGUAUCGUCGCAAUAUCCCUCGACCAUUUAAUUGUGAGCAUUGUUCAGCUGCAUUUGAAACGAAAAAGACUUUAGAAAAUCACAUCAUGUAUAAUCAUUCGGAAACAAUCAGCAAAGAGGAAAUCAGACGAAUUAAAAAGAGAAAUCGAGAAGAUAGAAUGCGAAUUUGUCCAACAUGUGGAUUACGAGUUGACCAACUCAACAAGCAUAUUAAGCAAUUCCAUCAACACAUCAAAAGAUAUUUCUGUGACAAUUGUCAUUAUAGCGCAUUCAAGCGAUUCGAUAUGAUAAGUCAUGUACUUAAACAUAGAAAGCAUGUUGAUAAAAGCUUUACUUGCUCAGCAUGUGGAACUGGAUUCACCAGAAAAUGCGGAUUAAGACAGCAUUUAAGAGAUUUCCAUUCUAAUCGUGGACCUUUCAUUUGCAACUAUUGUAAUAAGGAAUUUAAUACAAACACUUUAAUGAGAAAGCACAUAAAAUGGAUUCAUGAAGAUGGCUCAAAAACUAGAUGUCCUGAUUGCGAUAAAGAAAUUUCAGCAUUAUGUUUAAAAAAGCAUCUCUUGAGAGAUCCAGAGGCAUUAGAUCAGAAAUUUACAUGCUCAGAAUGUCUCAAAGAAUUCACAAAUAAACGAUGUCUAACGUAUCACCAGACAACACAUCAAGGCAGAUCAUUUAUCUGCGAAUAUCCAGAUUGUGGAAAGAGUUAUACGUCAUUAAAUCAACUGCAUUCUCAUCAAAAACGCCAUACAGACCAAAAGCACUUAUCAUGUCCAUUUGAAGGAUGUAAUAAAGAAUAUUUCAAGCAACAAAAUCUAAGGCUACAUAUCGCAACUGUUCAUGAUAACAGUUGUCGGAAAAACUGUCCUGUUAAAGCAUGUACAUAUUCCACUGGAGCAUACAAUUACAUGAGAGAUCAUCUAUUUAGGCAUACAGAACUGAAAGCAGAUGAGAGACGCCAAUUCUUCCUUGCAAUCAAACAAAUGAAUUUAGUUCAGUAAAUUAGCUUAUAGAUUUUAAUAAAUUCAGCCUAAGAAAUUAAAAA